CUCACCCACUUUACAGUUUUGUGGAUCAAUACUGUCUAUAAAAUUUAAAGAUUAUAUUCGUCUUCCUUUUUUAUAAAUUCUACUGUGAUUAUUUCGCGACAUUUAUUAUACUACUUUUUUUCAAAUCACAAUGGUGCAAUAUUUGAUGUUUAGUUUUUAUAUUCUUACGUCUUUUAAACUCCAACAUUUUUCUACUUAUUUAUUUUAAUCAAUACAAAAUGGGUGCUGACAAUUGCAUUAUUUUAGACGCAAUUGGCGUAGUUUUAAAAAUGACUGAGCAAGUGUUUAAAAUACGCAAAUAUGUUGUUAUAAUAAGUAUUCAUGUGUAGAAAGAAUUAUAUAUGGAAAUAAAAUGCGGUUUCAUAGACGAUGUGGUGAUAGAGUGACUCUUUUACAUGACAAUACGACGGCUGUUAGAAAUUUUGUAGAAUUCAAUCAUGGCUUGAUAUUAAGUGCGGAACCGAUCUUAGAUGAUGUUAUAUUUGAAGUGUGCAUCGACAGAAAGGUGAAUGUGUGGAACGGUAGCCUAGAAAUUGGUGUAACAACUCUAGAUCCUGAGUAUAUGGAACUACCUGCAACAGCUACCAAAUUGCGGAAUACAGCAUGGAUUAUGUCAGGAAGCUCAAUAGUGAAAGAUGGUGUGACCUUAAUAAAUUCGUAUGGGCCGGAGUUGGAUAGUCUCCACGAAGGAGAUACUCUCGGUGUUAUGAGAUCUUGUAAGGGAGAAUUGACAUUCUACAUUAAUGGUAGAUGUUUAGGCAUAGCUGCGAGAGAUCUACCAUCCAGGCUGUUUGCUGUAAUUGAUUUAUAUGGACAAUGCGUACAGGUGUCCAUAAUUCAUACAAAUGGCAUGCGUACUAUCAUGGAGAGCAGUUUGGAUCAAAUAGAAGAGGAUCCUAACAAUGACGACACUUUAACAUCGAGCGAAGAUGCAGUUGUACCGGAGUCGUCAUAUCCCAAAGACCAUAACGAUGUUUACGUCUCGAUGCCGACAGAUGUGUCAUGUGCUAUGGUUGCUCAUGAUCGCUUGCGAUUCCAUCCGAGAUGUGGGAUAUUAGUGAAGCUUUCGGCAAACAACAAGUCUGCGGAAAGGGCUCGACCCCUAGACGACUACAAUAAUGGGGUAGUGAUGACACACCGGCCGCUUUAUGACAACGAGCUCUUUGAAAUACGUAUAGACAGACUCGUGGACAAAUGGAGUGGAAGCAUAGAGGUUGGUGUAACGACCCACAACCCGGCAACAAUAAGAUUUCCAUCAACGAUGACAAACAUGGACUCUGGAACAAUCAUGAUGUCCGGUUGUAAAGUGCUGCUCAAUGGACAUGGAACUUGUAUGGAGUAUGGCAACUUCAAUCUCGACGAAUUAAGGGAAGGCGAUAGAGUUGGUAUGAUGAGGAAAUCCAACGGCAAGCUGCAUUAUUUCAUAAAUGGUAUAGAUCAAGGUGUAGCAACUGAUAAAGUUGAGCAGCAAGUGUGGGGUGUCAUCGAUCUUUAUGGAAUGACUGUCAAGGUUUCGAUCGUGGAUCCAUGCGAAGAUAUGGAUAGCAAUAUCAACAACAUUCCAACUGUAUCAAAUCUUCCGGAUCUGCCUGCGCCUAGUAGGUUCAGACCGAUGAUAGAUGAAGAUAGCCUUUUAUUUCAUACGCUGCGUGAUUCGUAUGUUAUUAUUAUUAACGAUGGUAAGACUGCUCAUAGGCCUAAUGCUUUCGAAUUCUUCAACAAUGGCGUAGUGAUGACUAACAGAACGCUGCGUACAAAUGAGCUGUUCCAAGUGCGGCUCGACCUCGUGAUCCCCAAGUGGGCCGGAAGCAUUGAGAUAGGAGUCACGCAGCACACUUCAAAUGAUAUACAAUUUCCAUUCAAAAUGAGCAACGCCAAAUCAGGCACUUGGGUAAUGACUGGGGAAGAUGUUAUAAGAGAUGCAACAAUAAUCAUACCUCAGUAUGUUCGAAAUCUCAACCGACUAGUGGAAGGUGACACGGUGGGUGUUAUGAGAAAAGAUAUGGGUAUUCUACAUUUCUUUGUGAACGGAGUCGAUCAGGGACCAGCCGCUUUUAAUAUACCGGAGCACGUUUUUGGAAUCGUGGAUUUAUACGGUCGAGUUGCGCAGGCGACUAUAGUUGACUCGUACUCUCCACCUCCGGCUUAUUCUCCUGAGUCACCGCUCUCGACUGAAUCCAAUGCAACUAUCUAUCCGGAGAUGUGUUUCCAUCGCGUUCACGGUCGCAACGCGAGACUUAGCCGCACUCGUUUGAUCGCGUCGAGAGCGGCAGUCUAUUCUGAGUUCAACGACGCAGUACUCUUUAGUUCAAGGCCUUUACGAGAGUGUGAUAUGUUCGAGCUGAGAAUAGACUCCAUGGUUGACUGUUGGAUCGGUAGCUUAGAGAUAGGUGUAACAGCUAUUCGUCCAGAAGAUCUUGAAGCGAACGGAUUAGCCGGUACAGCGACAGACCUCAACUGGGACACUUACAUUUUGAGUGGCGCGGCGAUGAUGAAGGAUGGCGAGUGUGUGAGGAGUGGAUAUCCGUUAGAUCUUGACACGCUUACUGUUGGUAGUCGAGUGGGGAUGAUGUGGCAUGCAGAUCGAAGUCUUCACUAUUAUUUAGACGGUAUGGACAUGGGCAAGGCUUGGUACGUCCCACAUCUUAAUAUUUACGCCGUCGUCGAUCUCUACGGGCAGUGUACACAGGUGACAAUCCUUCAAAAUGAGGAAAGAGCGUUCAAUUAUAAUGGUUGUACAAACUCGGAUAAUUCAUUACUCAGUCACUCGAGAGCGCUGGCAACACCACCUCCGCCUUACUGGAGUUUUUCGGAAUAUUGCGGGGAUAAUAUAUGCCUAACACACGAUUGUUCCUUGGCAAGAAGACUCACAUCAGAUCCCAUGACUGCUUUAGUAUUUAGUUCUGCUCAUCUCGCCAUUGGAGAGAUAUUUGAGAUAAAAAUAGUAGAAUGUAAGUUCGGAUUUGCGGGUAGUUUCCGCAUGGGUGUGACAGAUAUAAACAUCUUGAAUGCGCACGUUAACCGCAGUUUGCCUCCCUCCGUUGGUUGCCUGCCACACUUUACUGCAUAUAUAGACGGUAAAUAUAUGCGUUAUUCGAAGCCGAGUUCUCGCCAGCAAGAUCUAAAAGUUGUGGUACCAUCGUUCGAAUGGCUUCGAGCGGGCGACCGAGUUGGUUUGAAGAAAACUGUGGAUAAUCGAGUACUCGUUUACUAUAACUGCGAGUUACUCGAUACUGCUUUCGAACGCGUACCUGAUAAAGUUUACGUGGUUAUGGAGAUUUAUGGAUCAGUUAACAAGAUUCAAGCGGUUACGAGAAACCCAGUCACUGUAUUACCACAGACGAUUCCUAAUGAUUCGGGACAGUCGAAAGAUUCAGAGGAGAUAUGUGAGACUCAAGUAAGCGAAACUGUGGAAAUGAGUUCAUCUACGGCCACGCUAGUCUCUGUGGAGCCCCGGCGCAGACGAGCAGCUUUGCCCUACACUUUCCACUACGUACACGGCAAAAACAUCAAGCUUUGCAGCUCAGACACCGUGGCAAUGCGUACGUCUGGUUAUCAAGACGCGGUCGCCAUAGUCAGUCAACCUUUAAGAAGAGGACACAGGUUUCGGUUUCGAGUGGAUAAAAUAGACGACAGCUGGGAUGGGAGUCUUUCUAUCGGCGGGGUCCCGUGUUUGCCCAUCGAAGGCGUACCGGAGUGUGCCAUGCGGCUCGACCCACCGGCCUGGAUAAUAUCGAGUGAUUUGCAAUUCAAUGGCACUAAUUUAAUCACACACGCCGCGGCCGAAUUGGAAGAAGUGGCGGAGCAAUCGGUGCUGACUUUACAUUUUAGAUUCAAUAGUGAACUGGUCGUUGACAUCGAUGGCAAUGUUGUAGGCAUCAUUGGUGCGGUUCCCCGAAGUUACAGCCACGUUUAUCCCCUAGUCGACCUAUAUGGAAGAGUUUCCCAAGUUUCAGUACUGCUUCAUCCGUACACGGUGGUGACUGGAACGUCCCUCGACCUGCCGGUAAUAGCUGAAAACCGUCGAGAAGAAGAAUCGUCGAUUGAACUUAACGUGGACGACAUGCAAGAUGAAGACCAACCAGUUACGGAACGUGUCGAAGUACGUAAGCGACGAAAAGCAAAUAAGGCUUACAGCCACGACAACCUUAUGGAAAAUUACGAUACGAUGAUUACUCAACCGGGACCUAGUUCACAGUCUAAAGCACAUGUUCCUGAUAAUGAAGUAAGAAAUAAAGAAAUAAAAAAUCAAACGCCUUGCCGGACGAUGCAUCAUAGCCUUAUUCUGACACAACCUGUUGGUAACAAGGACAAUUCGUUUCGAAGUGUCCAGAGAAGUCACUCAACACAUGAUUUCUGUCGCAUGUCAGAUUCAUCGAUGGUCCGAGACUCGCUACGGCUUACAUUUAGCUCUGGACAUCAAGCGGACGACAACGAAAUACAUGACCAGUUCUGCGACACGAAUAUCAGGCAUAACGAUCGCUAUCCCGAGGCAAACGACGUCGACAAUUUAGACAAUGAAAUAAUGGAUGCUCUGACUCUAGAAACAGGAAAUUUGCCUGAUUUGACUGAGGAACAGUCGUCUUCUAUAGACGAGUCGACGCGUCGCGACGAUUUGUGCUCGGAACCUUUGACGGUUGAAAAUUUGAACUAUCUUAACAGGAUUCUGUGCUUAGACCAAGAAGGCAUAGAAGGCCAGAGCUUAGAGGCCGAAUGGGAAGCGUUCGGAGAAGGCUGUGAACAUCUUCAUCUUGUUUUGAAGUAUUGGAAUUUUUUAGUGCUGCCUUACCCGGAGUUGAGGCAAGCGGUAUCUUGGGGUCAGGUUAGGUGCUAUUGUAGUAAUUGUCAACCUGAAGCGCAACCUCCUUUGGCUGGUUGGGUACGUAUAGAAAGAAUCGAUGGCGUUGGAGCUGCAUCUCGAGGCUUCUGGCAUAUCACGAGGUCUACACUUGGUGCGGCGCAGGCUGCCAGCUCCGAGUCAGGAAUCGCUAAGCGUCCCCGCUCCUUAGCAUCGUCGCCUACUAACCUUAUCACAUUGGGUGACAUUUGGCUAGAUGAAGAAGGCAAGCCUCACCACACCAUCUUGGCGAUUGAAAUAGACAUCGAAGGCAACGAAGCAGAGAAAGAUCGCCUAUUAGCAUUUCUUAUUCACAUGAAGUCUCACGCCGUGUUCGUCGACGAACCACUCAGCUUAGAUGAAUAGGAUUAGUAAUAAUUUCUGGAAAUAAGAAACCGCGUUCUGAUAUUCGCUUUCAUGAAAUUGUUAUAUUAUAUUUUAGAAUUGCUAUACCAAACAUCAGGACGUGUU